AUGGAGGAUGAAUCCGGUCCAGGACCUUUUCAUCAAUUAAGAUGGUUCUACACCCUUUUGUCUCCUCCUGCUCGCUCCUUUAUGUCUAUUUCAACUUCCUUCGAGUCUGUUUCACCUUCAUCUAAAGCUGUUGGAAUCUGCUUUUCCAAGACCCUCUUUCGGGUUGAUUUCCUCUACUUUUGCAUCAAUAACUUCAAUGCGCUAUGGUUCUAUUGUAUUGCCCUCUGUACAAGCCUAUAUCUUGCCUACCUAAUUUUUGGGUAUCUGAUCACAUUUUCCUUUGAGCCCCCUCCGAGUUUCCUCGACUCCUUAUUGUUUGUCAUUGUCACCGUGACAACCAUUGGGUAUGGCAAUGUGACUCCUAAUACAAAUGUAGCCAAGUAUUUAGUGGUUGCUUUUGUUUUACUGGGUACUGUAAUGAGUGCCGUCUUUGGUAAUCCACUUGGAGAUUUGGUUAAUGCGGUAGGGGAUAAGUUGGAGAAGUGGUUUUUCAAGUCUAUCAAGACCACUAGUGACAAGACAAAACAGAAGUUGAAAUUCUUCUUCGCAAUAGGUUGGAUAGUGUUUGUCGUUGGCACUGGAUUUUUAGGGAUAUGGAUCUGGGACGACACAACGAAGAUGAAUCACAAUGGAGUUAAUGCAACGAAUCACAAUGGAGCAAAUGCAACGAAUCACAAUGGAGUCAAUGCAACCCAUCUGGUUAAUGCAACCUAUUUUUCUGUAAUUUCUGCAUAUACGAUUGGAUAUGGAGACUUCCAUUUCUCAGCCACUGCUGGGAAGAGGUUUGCCUUAGUGUGGCUUCCUUUAGGGACUGCAAUUGUUGGUAGUGCUACAUCUUACUUAUGUGGACACAGGCUUUGUGCGGUUUGCAUCUGGAAGGAUAAGAAGACCAAAUCAUUGAUGGAGGUCGAGACAAUGAUAGUUCCAGGGCUAGUAUUUGGGAAUGGUAUUCUUGUUGAAGCUAACCCAAUAUUGAAAAAGCAUUGCCUUGAACACACAGAUGCAGAAACUUCCCUAAAGUUUCUAAGUGCCAUACUCUCGUCAAGAAUCUAUGAAUGUGAGUUUGUUCAAAGGCGGGACCUAGUACCAGCCCCUGCAUUUUCUCGUGCGUGCAGUUCAAGCCCAGAAGAAGUAGAGAUAUUACUCAAUAGAGAACUUGGUUCAUCCUACAAAUGGAGAGGGACUUAUAACUUCAUGGCAAAUGCACUGAUUGAAAAGGAGAGGAGGGGAUUCACAUGCACAUUUAUCCUGCACGGUUGCAACCCCAAAUACCUUGUUCAAUUCUUGUUUGCAAAGGUUGUUAGGAGGAAAUUAAUAGAAGAUAUAGUAAAGUAUGCAGCCAUUUUGGUCUCUCGCGGGACUUGCAUUCAAGAAUCCGAUGACCAUGCCAAAUCUAUUGCUGCAACUGAAAAUUCAACCUACGUACCUUCAUGUGACCACACCGACAUCAUCACUGGCUAUGGAACCAUUGGGGUGGAGAUAAUCACUCAAAUGGUUAGAGGUGGAAAAAUUGAUAAUCUCCAUGCAAUUUUCGUCCCCAUUGGUGAUGGCAACCAUAUUGCUGGAAUUGCUGCGUACAUAAAGAGAGUUUUCCCAAAGGUAAAAGUUUUCGGUGUGGAGGAGAGCAAUAGAAGUGUAAUGGCAUGGUCAUUCUAUAAAGACAAGAGAGUCUUAUUUGUGAAACAAAAUGGAGAAGUACUAGUAGAAGCCAUUGGUGAAGAAUGCUUCUCCAUUUGCGUUGAGUUUCUUGAUGGUAUAAUGAUUGUAGAUGAGCAUGCUAUAUCCACAGCAAAUGAGGAGAUCACCAAGGACAUAGGAGGGGAUGUUAGUGCCCUAUGCAUUGCUGGGGUGCAAUGUUACUGCUCUAAGUAUGUGGGAGAGGUUUGCAACAAGAAUAUUGUUGCUGUCAUUGAUGAGUGA